AUGCUGUCUGACGAAGAGGAGUGCAUCAAGGUCAUCGUAGUUGGCGAUGGCAAUGUUGGCAAGACGUGUAUGCUGCGCCGCUUUGUGAGGGGCGACUUUGUCGACCAGUACCGCAAGACCAUCGGCGCCGAGUUUAUGGAAAAGGAUGUGUUCCUGCGGUCCUCCAACACGACGGUGAAGCUCAUGCUUUGGGACACCGCAGGACAGGAAGUGUUUAACGCGCUCACGCAAGCCUACUACCGCGGUGCUGGUGCCGCCAUCCUCAUGUUUAGCACCGUCGAUCGCGACAGCUUCAUGAACAUAGCGGGGUGGAAGCAACGGGUCGAGUCCGUCUGUGACCCUAUUACGAUGGUCUUGUGCCAGACAAAGUUCGACCUCUCUCACGAGGCUGUCAUUACGAAUACGGAGGCGGAGAAGCUAGCCAACCAGCUCGAGCUGCCGCUUUUCCGCGUCUCCACCAAGGACGACUUUAAUGUGACGCAACUGUUCGAGUUCACGGCGCAGCUGUGUGUCGAAAACUCGGCGCAGGAUGAGGAGAAAGGGGAGGACAUGCCGAAAAGUAAUCGCUUAGAUGGCGGAGAGAAAGCGGCGGGAGGGACGUCCGCCGCGGCGGCUUCGAUGACCUCGGAUGAACCGCAUGAUGGCACCCAUGUGCCUGCCGCACAAGCGCCUAGCGCGGCAGCCGCGUCCUCAUCUCCACCAGCGGCAGGAAAUUCGAGUUGGAGCGGCGAUGGCGUCAAAGACGCUUCCAGAGAGUUGGCCAAGUCAAAUAACGGGGGCAGAAACGGAAAGGGGAAGGCGUCGUCUAGCACGAAGAAAAAUGUGACGCUGAAGGAGCAACACGGGCAGGGACAUCACAAGAAAAAGCAAUUCAAGUGCUCCCUCUGCUAG